GGCGGGAAAGAGAGGCUGCGGUUGCCGUGGCGACGGACGAGCCUUGGGUCCGGAGCGAGGCUGCUGACCUUGAGGAAAAAAUGACUGCUGGAUCCAUCUUAGUGCCUCAAAUUAUACCACUACGAUUCUCAACACCAGGCAAAGCUAAACAUGAAAUAGAUACAAAUACACUAAUAGAGAUCAAAUCAGAUACCCCUAAUGUCACCAUAUAUUAUACUAUUGAUGGAAGUAAACCACAACUCUUUAGGAAACUUAAUUACGGAGAUCAUAAUACUUUUAAGUAUAAUGGACCAAUCACGUUACCAGAUGGGAAAAUAACAAUUAAGGCACUGGCAGUCACAAAAGACGGCAGACAGAGUACCAUUGUAACAAAAGUAUUUAUAGUAGAAUAUGUAACUCCCAACGUACAUGUACCUGAUGAAGAUGAGAAGGAGAAUUUCCUGGAAGAUCUCGUCAGUCAGGAGAUGGAAGAUGAAUUGUCUCAUUUGAAACUAAGAAAGAAGGAAGCAAGUGCUGAAAGCAGGUUCCAUUUGCAUGAUGUAGCACUGGAAUUACAAGGCUUGUCAAAAGAAAAACCAUUUGUGCCCUCACAAAUCAUUGGAACACAUCUGUCGAAAAAUUACUUGAAUACCUCAAGUGAUGGAGAAAAGUCUAAUUCUGCCACAUGGAUGCCUCGGUCUCAGAUGGAAUUGUGCAACAAAUGCCAGACUAUAGUGCCAAGAAACUCGCCAACAUGUAUCGUAUGUGAAGCUCUGAUGACUCCACGGCUGCAAGAACAAGGCAGCAUCCGCCAAAAGGGCAAAGUAGUCUACUGUGUGUGUGGAGCAGGAAAUCCAAUUUGCGUUACGCAGUGUGUGGUCUGUGGGAUCCAAUUUCCAGAAGCGCAAAUGAGCAGCAGCUUGCAGACGAGGCAGCCAUCAGUCAUAUCAUUGCCACCAUCAAUACCUAAUUUACUAGAGAAAAAAGAGCAAGGAACUCAAACCAUUGGCUUGUUCUAUCCAUCCAUCAAAUUUCUAGAGAAGAAAGAAAGUGAGCUUUCUCAAAAGGAGAAAUCAAAUGAGACAAAUUAUCACAAGCCUCUGCUCACAGCCAUCAGUCCUGGAAGAGGUUACUGGAGGAAGCAACUAGAUCACGUUUGUGCACACCUCAGAAGCUACACACAAAACAAUCUGGAGUUCAGGACUUUGAUUGGAGAACCUCAAAUGGGGAAGCUUAUUUCUGCUACAGUCCACAAGGAUAGCUAUCAAGUCAGUCUCCAGAUAAAUUAUGCACUUGCUAUAAAUAAGGAUAUUUUGACCAAUAAACCACUGACAUUGGGCUACCAUGAACUGAGCCCCAGCAAAGCAGAAAGAGCUGGAUUACAUGAAAGUCAAGCUGGUCUGGCACGAGAAGAGAGUCAAAGAGUGCCAAGCCCCAGCGAGAAGGUCAAAAGGAUGAGGAAAACAGGGACAUGUCUAGAAAAAGAAGACAAGCUCACUACUGAAUCUAGGCAGUUGCUGAAGGAAGUGGGUACAAAAGGCCAAGGGCGACCUUUCGUAGUAGAACAACUGAUUGACGAGGGAGCUGACCCCAACUGCACCAACAGCGAGGACCAACCGGCUUUAACGCUGGCUGUGCUGAACCGGCAUCAUGAAGUUAUUCCCAUUCUCGUGCAGAAAGGUGCCAACGUGGACCAUCAGUCAAGACCGCUUUACAAUACAGCUCUACAUGAAGCAAUCUUGCUUGGAUUGGAAGGAUGGGAAUGCAUGGAUGCAUUGCUAGGAUGUAAUGCAAACAUUAAGAAGAAGAAUUCCAGCGGGCUGUCAGCCUGUGAUUUGGCACUGAAGAGUGGCAUUGACAAAAUAGUUUCAUUGUUUGCUGGAAAGCUAGGAAAGAGGAUGUUAGACAAAACUUCCACAACACAGGCAGAGUCCACCUAAUGGCCCAGGGCUACAAUACAGUGGUACCUCGGUUUAAGUACACAAUUGGUUCCGGAAGUCUGUACUUAACCUGAAGCAUACUUAACCUGAAGCAAACUUUCCCAUUGAAAGUAAUGGAAUGUGGAUGAAUCCGUUCCAGAUGGGUCCGCGAAGUACUUAAACUGAAAGUACUCAAACCAAAGCGUACUUAAACCAAGGUAUGACUGUACCUCAAGGACUGCCUCUCGCCCUAUGAACCAACCUGGACCCUGCGAUCAUCAUCUGCAGCCCAUUUUUAUGUGCCCCUCCACAAGAGGUCCAGAGGGUGGCAACAUGAGAAUGGACCUUUUCUGUUGCAGCUUCCUAUUUGCGGGAUGCUCUCCCCCAGGAACUAUCUGUGGCCUUUUAGAAUCGGGCAGGAUGCUUUUAAUGUAUUUUCCCCCAUUAGUUUUAAUGUAUCAAUGUGCUGGGGGGGGGUUUGCCUUGCCUUUGGAAAAAUAAAGUUCUAACUAAACACCUGCACGAUAGAUAAAAUCCCUAAGCAACAAACCAUGACAUCAGACUAAGGUCACCUUGAACAUAUGGAUGCCAGCAUGCCUUGCUCACCUGAACAUUAUCACACUUAUGGAUGACUGCAGGAGAUGUGAAUGGCCACACGCAGGCCUAACCUACUUCCUUCCAGGAGGAAAUGCAAAUGAGAAUUAACACUGUACUUGACAAAUCCCUGAUAAUGGACUAUAUCAAUAUAAUAAUUGGGUACAUACCUGCAACAUACGGUACCUGUUUAGCAUCUGUAGCAUGUAUGCUAAUUCUCUUUUUGAUACAAUAAAAUUGCAUUUGAUUUCU